AUGGGAAGAAUGAAGCCAAUGGCUCGGGGCCCUUGGUCCUUGGCAGAUUCAUAUGAUUUUAUAUCCACCUUCCUCAACGGAUCCGUGUCACGCAGACGUCCCUCAAUUUCGAUCCCUCAUUCAGUAACACAAGUUGGCAGACUGGCAUUCACCACGUCACACUCGGCACCCGGGCAUCGUGUGAAACCUCGCAGACCAAGCAAACAAAUAGGACUCCACCAGGAAAGACAGAGUAGAGGGUUUCACGACUAUUUUACAACGCAUCUUCCAUCUUCGUCUCUUCACCCUGAUUCCCGGUCGAGUGGCCCGCAUCACAAAUUGCCCAGGUCUGCAUCAACACCACAUACGCCCGGCUCAGGUCCUUCUCCCGCUGCGGCUCCCCCAACUAUUGGGGCAACUAGAGAACUUACGGUUGUGCGAAUACCUCUACGAAGCGCGAAACAUCAUUUUGGGGUUUCUGUCUCUCGUGGUACGAGACCGUACAAUGAAGACACAUUUCAGGCAGGAACAAUAGAAGUACCGGCAUUUGCAAAGCGGGCUCCUAUAAGUCUAAGUCGCUCGACUUCCAAAAAUACUGCAGGUGGUGGUACAUCGGCAGAUGGUGCGAGUGGAGACCCGCAAGUGUUUUACUUUGGAGUCUUUGAUGGGCAUGGAGGAAACGAGUGUAGUGACUUUCUAAGGGAGGAGCUACACAAAUAUAUCGAGUCGACAGCAGAAACUUUCAAACUUCCCUCGAGUCUGGAGAAGAAGGCGAAAAUCAACAAUUCCGGGACAUCUACGGUGGGCAAGGAAGGGCAGGAGGAUGGGUCAGGGACACCCAUAUCUCAGCAGAUUGCUAGUAAAAUUAAAGCAAUCGAGCUCGAGAAGUCACUCGUUUCAGAUUGGAAAAUAACGGUUGGUGGAUAUUUCCGCCGAUUCAAACCAGAAUAUUUCGAUCUACUUGAUUCUAUGGAAGGGGAGCCAAUAAGGCAACCUAUAUCAGUCGAGGCAUCCCUAAUGUAUUCUUUUCUGAAAGCAGAUUUAGAUUUUAUCUCAGCGCAAGCCCGAAAACCUAACCCGGAUGACAACAAUACCGACUCGCCUCUAAAUGAGGAUGAAAUAUUAGGAGAGCCUGCCCGUAAAUUUUCAACGCAUCGUAUUGGGGGCCCUACCCGCUUCAUUGGGGGUUCAACUGCUUCCGUUGCUUUGAUAUCUACACCCACACCGACUCCUUUCUGGCAUCCAUCUUCUCCCUCGACAUUGAUGGUCGCUCACGUAGGGGAUACUCGCAUAAUACUUUGUGAGACUUUGACAGGUUUGGGCAAAUCUGUAACUACCAAUCACCAUCCUAGUUCACCAAUUGAAGGAGGAAGACUAAGACGAUAUGCUGCAACAUUUGUUACCGAUUCUUUUGGCGAGGAACGUAUGUCCGGAUUAGCCAAUACUAGAGCAUUCGGCGACAUGCGUUCUAAGCGCAUUGGCGUUUCCGCCGAGCCGGAAAUCAGACGUGUAGAAAUUUCUCCGGCCGAAUAUAGUUUCUUGGUUUUGGUAUCCGAUGGUGUUAGUGGCACGUUGACCGACCAGGAGAUUGUGGAUGUAGUGAAGGAAGCAAAAACCCCAGAGCAAGGGGCUAGGGAUGUUGUUAGCUUUGCUACCGAAGUAAGUAAGGAAGGGGACAAUGCAACGUGUUUGAUUGUAAGACUUGGAGGUUGGGAGAGGAGAAUAGAGGGUGGCAUGGGAAGUAUGGGAACUAAGGAGGUUAGAGAUUACAAGAAGGGCGAAGCGAUGGAUCCUAGGAGGGCGAGAACUUAG